AUGGAGGCUGUUAGAAGUUAUGCAGUCCACGGUGGGAGAGAUUUGAAGUUUAUUAAGAAUGAUAAUAGACGGGUACAAGUGAGAUGUUUGGGUGCCCAAAAGAGUUGUCCAUGUAUGGCUUAUUGUGGGUAUAUGGAAGGAUGUAGUACAUGGCAAUUGAGAAAAAUAGUGGAUAACCAUAGUUGCAGUAGGCAAUUCAACAUUAAAAUGAUGAAUGCUAAGUGGUUGAGUGAGACAUUAGAUAAUUCACUACAACAAAAUCCGAAUUUGAAGAUAAAUGAAAUACGCUCAAAAGCUUUGAGGAAAUGGAAUACCAAUGUCACACUUUCUAAAGCACGUAGGGCAAAGAUAAUGGCAUCUGAAAAACUUGAAAGUAGUUUCAAAAAUCAGUUCAAAAGAAUUCAUGACUAUGCACAUGAAUUAUUGAAAUGUAACCCUGGAUCAACAGUACAAGUUAAAGUGGAUAGUGAAAAUGGAUUGUAUAAGGGGGAGUUAUUAACAACUAUUGGGAGAGAUCCUAAUGACCAGAUGUUACCUCUGGCAUACGCAAUUGUGGAAGUAGAGAACAAAGAUAGUUGGACAUGGUUUUUAGAGUUGUUGAUAGAAGACCUUGGGGGUGCUGAAGUUGGCAAUGCAUGCACUUUUAUGUCUGAUCAACAAAAGGGUUUGCUGUCAGCUAUUUGA